UCUUCCUAUCACUGUCAGCUCGGCUCAGUCAGUAGUUUAGCAGGCUAGUACGGAGACACAAGGGCUGCUCCCUUUCGCCUGUGCUCGGUCUGCUUCAGCACACCAACACCAUACAUUCCGCACCAUGGCUGCCACGGACGUUGACGUGUUUUCGAAUGAAGAGAAGCGUAACCUCAGUUUGGGUGGCCAUGUUGGGUUUGACAGCCUCCCUGAGCAGCUGGUCAGCAAAUCGGUCACGCAGGGUUUUUGUUUCAACAUCCUAUGUGUAGGGGAGACUGGUAUCGGAAAGUCGACAUUAAUGAACACGCUCUUUAACACCAUGUUUGAGAACGAAGAGGCGAGCCAUUACCAGAACGGCGUGUAUCUGCGGCCUCGAACAUACGACCUGCAAGAAAGCAACGUCCGCCUCAAACUGACCAUCGUUGACACGGUUGGCUUCGGCGAUCAGAUCAACAAAGAGGAUAGUUACAAACCCAUUGUUGACUACAUUGACACUCAGUUUGAAAACUAUCUCCAGGAAGAGCUGAAGAUCAAACGCUCGCUGUUUAACUACCACGACACCAGGAUCCACAUCUGCCUUUAUUUCAUUGCCCCGACAGGACACUCCCUCAAGUCCCUGGACCUCGUUACUAUGAAGAAACUGGACAGCAAGGUCAACAUAAUUCCCAUCAUUGCCAAAGCGGACACAAUCUCCAAGAGCGAGCUUCAUAAAUUCAAAAUAAAGAUAAUGAGCGAGCUGGUGAGCAACGGCGUCCAGAUAUAUCAGUUCCCAACAGAUGACGAAACUGUCAGUGAGAUCAAUGCCUCCAUGAAUGCUCAUCUGCCAUUUGCUGUAGUCGGGAGUGUGGAAGAGGUCAAAGUGGGGAACAAAGCAGUGAGGGCCAGACAGUACCCCUGGGGUGUCGUUCAAGUUGAGAACGAGAGCCACUGCGACUUUGUAAAGCUCAGAGAGAUGCUGAUCAGAGUCAACAUGGAGGAUCUGAGGGAGCAGACACAUGCCCGCCAUUAUGAGCUGUACCGGCGCUGCAAGCUCGAGGAGAUGGGCUUUAAAGAUACAGAUCCAGACAGCGAGCCAUUCAGCCUUCAGGAGACGUAUGAGGCUAAGAGGAAAGAGUUCUUGGGGGAUCUGCAGCGCAAAGAGGAAGAAAUGCGGCAAAUGUUUGUCAACAAAGUAAAAGAGACGGAAGCAGAACUUAAAGACAAGGAGAGAGAGUUGCACGAAAAGUUCGAGCAGCUGAAACGGAUGCACCAAGAGGAGAAGAAGAAGGUGGAGGAUAAGCGGGGAUACCUGGAGGAGGAGAUGAACGCCUUUAACAAGAGGAAGGCGGCAGCCGAGACGCUGUCCUUAUCUCAGCCCGUCAAGAAAGACAAGGACAAGAAAAAUUAAUUUAUGGGCGCUGUAUACCCUUCCUCACACGGCCAUGGAUUUGUCCUCCAUCACCAUAGCAGCGACAACAUCUGUUUUUUGUUGGUUUGUUUGUUUGUUUGUUUUCGUUUGUUUGUUCUGACAUUCCAUCUUGAUAUUGUGCACACGGACCAAAGACACUGAGGAUGAUGAUGAUGGUGAAGCCACAGGGAAGAAAAGAGUGAAAGAUGGUGAGAGAUGAUGAGUAAAAAUAUUCACGUUCCAUCAGAGGCCAUCUCAUUUAUUCAGGAUCUUUGUUUGUUUGUUUUGCUUUUUUUUUUUCCCCUAUGGACACUUUUUAAAAUAUAUAUGUAUGUAUAUGCGUUUUGUUUUGCUUAAUUGUGAUUUAAAUAUAUUGUUGUUUUCUUUUUGUUUCUUCAUUAACUAUCCACACAAGAAAUAAGAGCUCAAAACCAUUUAAACCUUUGACUGUUUGGUACUACAACGUAACACCUGGGCAACAUUUUUGAAACUCUUCAGCAAGUAUUAAAAAAAUAAUAAAAGAAGAUAUCAGUAAAGAUUUUUGUUUUUAAAUACAUGAUCUUUCUGAAAUAUUGCCCAGAUAAAAUGUGUCGGUUAAACUUGGUUAAAGUUAAAGUCGGUUAAAGUUUUUUUUGUUGUUGUUUUUUUUUAUCAAUUAAAGCCCAAAUAAUAUACUUAAAUAGCAAUAACUGAGUACCUGUGUACUGCAUAUUGCAUACACAUAGGUGCUGACAACGUAAACCUAAUAAUCUUAAGUCUUUUAAAAAAAUAAAUAAUGUAUGCAAUAUUCUGGUGCUGUUUCAGUUUAACUCAUUAAAUGUAUGUGAAUAUUUUCUAGAGCUUACCAAGCUUAAUAUGCAAAAUGUAGUUUUUAAAUCUGAUAUUGUUAUAAGAAGCACAUAUGAUUGUGUACAUUGUCCGUAAGUGAUUUAACUUUAUUGUAAACGGUGAGUUGAUCGUCUCGAUGUGACUGUUAUGACAGUGGACGCAAACACAAAGCCAGUAUAUCGACGUAAACCCAGGAUUCAGGAAACUAUUCAGCUUGAUGUAGACGCGUUUACACUCAGAUGUAGAAGAGAGCAGCUGUAUUUACUGUGUGUCUUUUGGAAAUAAAUGCAACCCCCCCACACCCUUCCA